AUGAUUCCCGGAAAAAGAUCAGAUCGAACAAAUAGUGUUCAAAUUUCUUCUCCUACUUCAGAAGAAUCUGGCCACAAAUACUAUCAUAAAAGCCAUGACCGUAAAUUUCGAACCCGUGAACCAAAUGAUUUCAAUAAAUCUCCAAUUAGGCAAUUCAGUACUCCUGUAAAUCCACCUCAAAGCCCCUUACCUAACACUACUUUAAAUCCAGAAAUUUCUGUUCCUCCAAUUUCAAAGCGCACUUUAUCUACGCCAGUUCCACCAGAUAAAUCAGCACGUUUCCAAUUUCAACUAGGUUUCCCAAUGUGCAAGAAAAUUAGUACAAAAGCUGCAGAAAUUGCCCUACUUACAGAAUAUACAAGCGAUUCACCAAUGACUCAGAAUGAAAAGUCAGAUCUCUUAUCAGCGCGUGAUAAUCUUGCUAGAGCUUACUACAAUUCAAUGAUGAGCCUCGUAAAAGAUGUACAACACGCACUUCCUGUUAUUGCUGACUUGCCAAUCAACCCACCUGUUUUCAGAGCAGCUACUUUGAUUAGAAGUGAUCUCUUAUCAAGGCAAAACACAUCAGAGUUCUUAGGAGAAUCAUUGACGAAUAAAUUAAAUAUUUGCUUCCCAGAUCAGUUCACACAGAUGGGUUGGCAACAAAAUGUCACUGGUACUAAGCCUGUUGUAGAUUGGAGAAGCAAAGAAUAA